CUAGCUAGCUGCUUAAUUAAUUAAUUCCAAGUCUUCUCCGUCUCGAUUUUAAAUAAUGCCAACAAACGAAGUAACGAACAGUGCUGUUCCCAUUUUUGCUCUACAACUACAAGCUAAGCUGCCUUUCAGAUCGGUCAUGGAUAAAACAACGAGCUGCACCGGAAUUAGGAAGGUAGCAGAGAAUAGAAGAGGCAAGUGAGGGCGGGCGUCGUCGUUAAUUCCUGGAUCAUUUUUGCCUCGCGAACGCAAAAAUCUACUGCGGGCCGGGGAUGGGAAGCGGCGCUGCCAGCGUGGACUUGGAUGCGACUCUGGGGGCGGAGUCUGCGGCUGGGAGGAAUUCCAAGCUGCCUUCGUCGCGGUACAAGGGCGUCGUGCCGCAGCCCAACGGCCGCUGGGGCGCGCAGAUCUACGAGCGGCACCAGCGCGUCUGGCUCGGCACCUUCGCGGAAGAGGCGGAGGCCGCGCGCGCCUACGACGCGGCGGCGCAGCGCUUCCGGGGCCGCGACGCCGUCACCAACUUCGCUCCGGCCUCGGCGGGGGACGAGGAGGGAGCGCUGGUGCUGGAAUUUCUGGCCGCUCACUCCAAGGCGGAGAUCGUGGACAUGCUGCGGAAUCACACGUACCAGGACGAGCUGCGGCAGAGCAAGCGCGCCGGCGGCGGCGGCGGCGCCGCCUUUGGGGGCUGCAGGCGGUCGCUGAGCUACCACGAGACGGCGCGCGAGAUGCUGUUCGAGAAGGAGGUGACGCCGAGCGACGUGGGGAAGCUGAACCGGCUGGUGAUCCCGAAGCAACACGCGGAGAAGCACUUCCCGUUGCGGAGCGGGACGGAAGAGGCGUGCAAGGGGGUGCUGCUCAACUUUGAGGACGCCGGCGGGAGGGUGUGGCGCUUCCGGUACUCCUACUGGAACAGCAGCCAGAGCUAUGUGCUGACCAAAGGGUGGAUCCGGUUCGUGAAGGAGAAGAACCUUAAGCCAGGCGACGUCAUCAGGUUCUGGCAAUCCACCGGGCCAGAGAAGCAGUUGUACAUCGACCGCGGCGACGCACAGUCGCCGGUGAGGCUGUUCGGAGUGAACAUAUUGGAGGGACAGGCAGGUGGAGAGGGGAGCAAAGGAGGCGAUGGAUCGGUUCUAUAGGCCGGUGCCGCCGCCAUUCUUGCUGAUCAUCAAGAUUCAAGAAGCUAAGCUAAUUAAGCGUGUACGUAUACCCUUAAUUGGUAGCUAGCUAGCUGGAUGAUACCACUCUUCCUUUCCCUCUCAAGCUCUAGAUAUUUUCUUUGCUAAUUUAAUUCUCUCUCUGUAUUAUAGGCGAGCAAAUUGUUUGAUUGGCUUCGCAAAGAAGCAUUUCAAUUUAUAAAAUUCGAAUUGGAAAGA